AGGUUCUAACUCCAUGGCAUGGGUGAAGAAGUUCAAAAAAACCAGAGGAGGCCUGAAGAAAUCCUACCAACCUGGGAGCAUGGUGUCCCUCGCGCUAACUAAAGGUCUGCUAAAUGAGCCCGGCCAGAACAGCUGCUUUCUCAACAGUGCUGUUCAGGUGCUUUGGCAGCUGGACAUUUUCAGGAGGAGUCUGAGGCAGCUUUCUGGGCACUUUUGUCUUGGUGAUGCCUGUAUUUUCUGUGCAUUAAAGAGUAUAUUCAACCAGUUCCAGCAGAGCAGAGAGCGAGUCCUACCCUCUGACAGCCUGCGAAACGCCCUCGCUGAAACCUUUAAGAACGAGCAGCGAUUUCAACUCGGUCUGAUGGACGACGCUGCUGAGUGCUUUGAGAACAUCCUGGAGCGAAUUCAUUUGCACAUAGUUUCAGACACAGCGACCGAUGCUUGCUCAUCCAAAUCCUGCAUCACCCAUCAGAAGUUUGCUAUGAUGCUUUAUGAACAGUUUGUGUGCCGUUGUUGUGGAGCAUCUUCAGACCCCCACCCGUUCACAGAGUUUGUUCAUUAUGUUUCAACCACGGCUUUAUGCCAACAGGUUGAUCGGACGCUGGGGAAGAACGAGCGCCUCAGGUCGGACAUGUUUGGGGAACUGCUGCAGGCAGCAAACAGCACCGGUGACCUCCGAAGCUGCCCUAGUGACUGUGGUCAGAGCAUUAAGAUUCGCCGUGUUCUCAUGAACUGUCCGGAGAUCGUAACUAUCGGAUUUGUUUGGGACACAGAGCAGUCCGAUCUCACGGAUGAUGUUAUCAGAUCUCUUGGUCCACGUUUGAACUUAUGCGGGCUUUUCAACCGAGUCACUGACGAAAACGCCAAACGCAGUGAGCUACAUCUGGUGGGGAUGAUCUGUUUUUCCAGCAAACAUUACUCAGCUUUUGCCUAUCACACCAAAUCUUCUAAGUGGAUAUUUUUUGAUGAUGCCACUGUAAAGGAGAUUGGAUCCAAAUGGAAGGAUGUUGCUUCAAAAUGUAUCAGGGGACAUUUCCAACCGCUUCUUUUGUUUUACACCAAUCCUGAGGGGAGUCCAGUUUCUAAUGAAGACGCACCGAGACAAACCACCAUGUGCCCUCACUACAAAGCCCAAGUAAAUGGAGACGUGACCAUGAAACAUUCCUUUGGCAGUCCUAACAAAUUCCACGAUCCUUUCAUGGAGAAUCUACAAAGACCAGGUGAAAUAUCAAAAAAGGACAGAGGACAUCGGAGAAUUGAGCCUUCACAACACAAAGACACGACACAUACAAGAUCUUCAUCCCCUCCAGAGAACGGACCAAGACUCCCUGUGGAGAAAAUGAAGAACUAUCUGCGCUCUGAGAAGUCAUUAAAUCAUUCCAGCAGAACAUUUCAGGAGCCCCAUGGACAGUCCUGCAGUGCACAGAGUGGGGGGCACAUCAGAAAGGCCAACAUUUCCCCAGGACAUAAAGAGCAGGAGGGUAGCCACAAACACUGGGAAAAAGCAGGCAGUGGGAGCCAAAAUAGGUCAAAGUCAACUUGGAGACCCAUCAGGGAGGUGCUGAAUGUAGACACGGUACUGAACGAACUGGAGCAGCGACGGCAGCAGCAGCAGGACAGCCCACGGUGCAGCAAGCCUUCAUCCCAGGAGAGAGCUUGCACAGAACCGAGCAAAGAGCACGAGCGUGAACACGCACGAACUAGAGAGGACCGUAAACAGAAGUGCUUAAUGACAAUUUAUGAGGAUGAGCAGCGCCACGAGACAGAGAGCCACAGCUCUGUGGAGUCAGAGAGCAGAAUCAGCCAGCAGAAAGGAAGCAGACUCAAAGGUGUCCCCAAGACUCUGCUGCGCAGCGACACCUGGACCAUUCAGAGGACAGAGUCCGGCUAUGAGAGCAGCGAUCGCCUCAGCAGCGGCUCCACCAAUCCAGACUCACCUGGGGUUGAUGGGUUUGGGCUCAGACCAGACCAGAGGUUAACACCUGAGGUCCUUUUACAAAGUCAGCUGCAUCAAAGGGAAGGCGAUGCAAAGUCAAGUAUAACAUCAUCUCUUUCCCACACUGGUAAACAUCAAACUAAAACUCAGGGGAACCAUGAUCAAGUUUCACUUUCUCAACUAAAGUGCAGUCCUAAUUCAAGACAGAGAUCAAAACACACAUCUAACAUCUCUAGGAAAGCAAAGUGUUCAGAGAAGAACUCGGCUGGUUCAGAGGGCAAGCAGAGCGAGCACCAGGAGCCAGCUAACUGCAGAGGGCACGGCGGGGAGAAUACAACCCCGGGACACAUCACAAAGACCAGUAGCUCAGAGUGGAACAGCUCAGAUGAUCUUGUUCUCUCAGAGUCAGAGGACAGAGAAAGCACUUACCUGUCCAGUAAUAGUGAGGCUGUCACCUCUGAUUCUCCGUGCCCUCACAUAGACCUGACAUACCACCCGCCUAGCAGUGUGACAGCAGAAACCCAGCUUGGUGCAACUGGGUCGCCUCACCUUCGACCCAACCAGCAGGUUUCUCCGCACCACGGCGAAUCAAGCCACGCUGUGUUUCGCCCCAGAAUGCUUCAGGAACCUUUUCCAUCCAGCCCUCGCCUCUCCCCCUCAUCCCACAUCAGUCCCAAAAGGAGGCCUGACAUUUCGAGCCUACGAACCUUCUCAGACGCGAGCUCAAAGUCGGGUUCCGACCCGGAGAGGAGCACUCAGUCAUCGUGCGAGAGUGAGGAGAGACUGCCGGGGGGCAGAGCGGACGAGGCGGCACAAGCUCCGGAGGUUUCUCUGACGACGUACUUUAACGUGGACAACUGUAUGACGGAAACUUACCGCCUCAAGUACCACAACCAGAGGCCUCUGGUCCUUUCUGCCACCGUGCCAAGGACAGUUGCUGAGAGUGAGCGCAGAGAUAACAGCCACACACUCCCCAGUGAUGCACAGUCACAUGAUGUGCCAAAAGCACGGCCUGAAACAAGCCAUAAUAGCAAUAAACCCACUGCAAAAUGGAAGCCAGUGACAGCCAAAGGACUGGAUGAGCAAGGUUUUUUAUGAGUGUUGAGUUGGUAAGUUUUGUUUACAUGGAUGGACGGUACGACUGGAUGCCAAAGAGUUUAGAGAAUGGAAAUAUGUUCAUAAGCCCCCUGAUGUCUCCAGACUGGGUGGACCUUAUUUAUGCAAGCUUGUCACAUAAAUACAACCUACUUGUUUAACAGAUUAUCAACUAUCACACAUAUCUUCCACUGUUCCAUGGUGUUGUUAGGAAAUGAAAUCUGUUUUCAGUUUGCACAAAAGGUUGUUUAGGUUUUAUUGUGUUUUGACACAUCAUGUCAGGUAUGUCAUUUCAUUUUAUUUGUGGACUAGUUCUGCAGAAGUGCUGAGGAAUUUACGAGGCUCAAGUACAGUUAAGGUCAAAGGUUUUAAUUCCCCGGCAGAUAUAAAUUUUAAAUCAUUUUUAUUCAACCAAGAAGUUUGGUUUUGGUAGGAAAUGUGGCAGACAUUUCUUUAUCAAAAAUAAAUAAAUGUAAAACAAAAAACAAUUCAUCUUGUUUUAUUUACAUUUAAUCUAAAACUUGUAUAUUGAAAAUUAUUUAUACCUUUCUGAAUAAAUAAGAAGAAUCUUAAAGGCAUUACAGCAAUUAAACCCUUCUCAUAUUUGUUUACCAGCUUUUUUCAUGUUUCCACUGGUAUUUUGGCGAUUUAUUUCUGGUAAUGAGCUCCAAGUUGUUGGAAGGCCUCCUUGCCAUCACCCUAAUCUUUAACUACACAUUCUCUUUCAAAUUCAAUAUAGGAUUCUAGCUGGGUUACUCGAAAACCUUAAAAUUACUUCCAGUCAGAAGAAUGUUGUUGAUUAAAUUUAAAGAUUACUUUAAACCUACAUCUGUUAGGGGUAUGAAUAUUUUGGGCUUAACUGUACCAUUGGGGGAAAUAGAUAUUAGACACCCUGCUGAUUCUGUCAGUUCACUCACUUGCUAAAAAAAAAAGAGCAGUCUUUAAUUUAUAUGGUAGUAUAAAUCACAAUGUCUGAUUUUUUAAUAAUUCAUUUGUGUGUUACUGCUGCAAAUAAGUAUUUGAACACCUGCCAAUCAGCAAAAAUUCUGGCCCUCAAAGACCUGUUAGUCUGCCUCUAAAAAGUCCACCUCCACUCCACUUAUUCUAAAUUAGAAGCACCUGUUUGAGGUCGUUAGCUGCAUAAAGACACCUGUCCACUCCACACAAUUAUUAAGACUCUUAACUACUAAAAUCGCUAAGACCAAAGAGCUGUCCAAAGACACCAGAGACCAAAUUGUAGAUCUCCACAAGGCUGGAAAGGGCUAUGGAGCAAUUGCCAAACAGCUUGGUGAAAUAGAUCAACUGUUGAAGCAAUUAUUAGAAAAUAAAAGAAGCUAAACAAUCUCCCUCGGACUGGAGCUCCAUGCAAGAUCUCACCUCGUGGCGUAUCAAUGAUCCUAAGAAAGGUGAGGAAUCAGCCCAGAACUACAUGGGAGCAGCUGGUCAAUGACCUGAAGAGAGCUGGCACCACUGUUUCCAAGGUUACUGUAGGUAAUACACUAAGACGUCAUAGUUUAAAGUCAUGCAUGGCAUGGAAGGUUCCCCUGCUUAAAUCAGCAGACGUCCAGGCCCGUCUUAAGUUUGCCCAUGACCAUUUGGAUGAUCCAGAGGAGUCAUGGGAGAAAGUUCUGUGGUCAGAUGAGACCAAAAUAGAACUUUUUGGUCUUAAUUCCACUCGCCAUGUUUGGAGGACGAAGAAUGAUGAGGACCAUCCCAAAAACACCAUCCCUUCUGUGAAGCAUGGGGGUGGAAGCAUCAUUCUUUGGGGCUGUUUUUCUGCACAUGGGAGAGGACGACUGCACUGUAUUUAGGAGAGGAUGACCGGGGCCAUGUAUUGCGAGAUUUUGGGGAACAACCUCCUUCCCUCAAUUAGAUCAUUGAAGAUGGGUCGUGGCUGGGUCUUCCAACAUGACAAUGACCCGAAGCACACAGCCAGGAUAACCAAGGAGUGGCUCCGUAAGAAGCAUAUCAAG